AUGGAACAAGUUAUUCAGAAAAGCUGUUCCGGUAUUGAUUCUCAUGUUUUAAAUUAUUGUUCUGGAUAUGCAAAUGAUGCAUUGAAAGAUGUAGAUGAAGUCUCUGAGCGCGUAAUUACUUUGAUUCACGAUUUGUUGCUUAACGCCGGUGCGAAGCAAGAUGCUGUUCAAGCUAUUCAAAGCGAGCUUUUGAAGCGAUUUGAAGAGCGUGAGCAACACCUUGAUAAGUUGCAAUCGAACAAAUUGGUUCGUUUGAAAGAGACAAUCCGUAUGGAUCAUCAAUCGGAAAUUUCGUCCACGAUGGGUUUAGUUGGUGAAAAGGUUGACUUAGAUUCGGUUAAGGGACGCAAGGUAGAGUCUCGUGUUGAUAGAAGAAAAUUAGAAAAGGCUGAAAGAAAGAUUCGUGCUAAAUGGGAAAAGCGUAGUAUUAAGGCUGAAUAUGAAUCCUCCAGAUUAAUUCAACCCGAACAAAAAUCUUACGAAGAGUUUUACAUGGCGGUCAAUCCUCUUGACAUGUCGUCAUCUAGCCAAGGAAAGACUAGGGACAUUAAAGUUGAUGGCAUUGAUCUCGCUUUUGCUGGUUUGCGUAUCUUGACUGGUGCCUCGCUGACCUUAGCUCAAGGAAGACGUUACGGUCUAACUGGUCGUAACGGUAUUGGUAAAUCCACCUUACUACGUGCUCUUUCUCGUCGUGAGGUUGCCAUUCCCACUCACAUUACAAUUCUUCACGUCGAACAAGAAAUGACUGGUGACGAUACUUCGGCUUUACAGUCUGUUCUAGACGCUGAUGUUUGGAGAAAAUACCUAUUGAAGGAUCACGAAGGCAUUACUGGAAGAUUAUCGGUCAUUGAACGUGAAUUAGAAGAAUUAGGAAAAGAUCAAGAGGCUGAUCAAGCCAUUCCUCGUCGCUUGGAACGGGAACGGGAUGAUUUAGAUAUUCAUUUGAUGGAUAUUCAAAAUAAAUUGGCAGAAAUGGAUGCUGAUGGUGCAGAAGCCCGCGCUGCUACUAUCUUGGCUGGUCUUGGUUUCACAACCGAAAUGCAAGCCUAUGCCACAAAAACAUUUUCCGGUGGUUGGCGUAUGCGUUUAUCACUUGCUCGUGCUUUGUUUUGCCAACCUGAUCUCUUGCUUUUGGAUGAACCUUCAAACAUGCUUGACGUUCCUUCGAUUGCCUUUUUGUCCGAGUAUCUCCAAAGCUACAAGAAUAUUGUACUUGUCGUUUCUCACGAUCGUUCAUUCUUGAACGAAGUUGCUACUGAUAUUAUCCAUCAACAUUCAGAGCGCUUAGACUAUUACAGGGGUAACUUUAGCCAAUUCUAUGCUACUAGUGAAGAACGUUCUAAGAACCUAAUGCGUGAGUAUGAAAAACAAAUGGAAUACCGUAAGCACUUGCAAGCCUUCAUUGAUAAGUUCCGUUACAAUGCUGCCAAGUCUUCGGAAGCCCAGAGUCGUAUUAAAAAGCUUGAAAAGCUUCCUGUGAUUGAAAAACCUCAGACUGAAGCUGAUGUUGUAUUUGAAUUUCCUCUUGUCGAAAAAAUUACACCUCCUAUUUUACAAAUGUCAGAUGUAUUCUUUGAAUAUGUACCGGGCCGACCUGUGCUUAGGAAUGUUGACAUUGACGUACAGAUGGAUUCUAGAAUUGGUAUUGUAGGACCUAACGGUUCGGGUAAAUCCACUGUGUUAAAGUUACUCAUUGAAGAAAUACAACCUACAUCUGGUCUUGUCAACCGUAAUUCUCGCCUUCGAGUUGCUUACUUUGCCCAACAUCAUGUUGAUACCUUGGAGCUAAAUUUGAAUGCCUUAAGUUUCUUAGCAAAGCACUACCCAGGAAAAGGAGAAGAAGAAUACCGUCGUCAUUUGGGUGCUUUCGGUGUUACUGGACCUUUGGCAUUGCGUAAAAUGGUUACUCUUUCUGGUGGUCAAAAAUCUCGUGUUGCUUUCGCUUGUUUGGGUCUUCAAAAUCCUCAUAUCUUAAUUCUUGAUGAGCCUACUAACCAUUUGGAUAUGGAAUCAAUGGAUGCAUUAAUAAGGGCUGUUGAACAGUUCCAAGGUGGUGUAAUUCUUGUCUCUCACGAUGUUGAUUUCUUGGAUAAGACUUGCAAGAGCAUUUGGCAAUGUGACAAUCAUGUGGUUUCUAAAUUUGAUGGCACCAUUGCACAAUACAAGAAAUAUUGUUUAUCUCAGCAACCCACUAUGACGGCAAAGGGUCAGUAG